CAGCAGCAGCAGCAACAACAACAGCUUCAGCAGCAGCAGGCGAUUAUGGCGUAUCUAAAACGGCAGCAGCAGAUCCAGAAUAUGGAUAGCUCUUUGACCCCACAGCAGCAGCAGCAGCAGCUCCAGUUGUUGCAGCAACAGCAGCAGUUCUUGCAGCAGCAGCAGCAGCAACAACAACAACAGCAACAGCCGGCGAUUAUGACGACGACGAAUGGCAAGAUGAUGAAUGCAUCAUCAUUUGGGACAACCUCCGCAGCAGCAGCGGCAGCAGCCGCAAUGGCAGGAUUGGGAGGAGGUGGGCUGACGAGCGGAGCGGGAAUGAUGGGCGGAUUGACAGUAGGAGCCGGGAUAGGAGGAGUCGGGGUACAGAACCCGAUGGCGAUGUUUAACGGAGACUGGUCGAAUCUGGAUCUGAGCUCGGCGGCAGCAGCAGCGGCGGCGGCCGGAGUGACGUCUCCACCGUUGCAGUUGAGUACCGGGGCGCAGCUGGGGAUCUCGACGGGGAUGAUGUCGAUUGAACAACAGCAGCAGGCGCAUGCGAUGCUGGUCGCGCAGUACCGGGCCAAGAUUGCGGGGGGACAGAACCGUUAAAAAAGGG